AUGACGUAUCAACCCACUCAAGACCAAACGACCACAAACAUAAUACCCCAGGGCAGUGCGCGCAGCCAUCGCAUCAUGCAAGAAGUAACCUCCACAAUUGACGACUACUUAAAGUGGAUAGAAGAUGGACAUGGAUCGCGACCAGCCUCUUCAGGGACAGUUUUUGUCGACUGGGAUGGAUAUGGGAAGCCUGUUGUUUCGUCGCGCAAUGCCGCGCGGCGUGUACAACGACACCAGCCGCAACAAUUCCAACAUGUAUAUCCGCAAAAUACACAACAUGAACAUCUGCAGCCUGGCCGUCCACGUCCAUGUCAACGAAUUCAGCCAAAUCAGCCACAACCUCGGUCACAAUAUCAAAAGGCACGUAUACGCACACCUAUUCCUCAAAACUCUGUUACUCGAGAUCUCACAGCAGAAAAGAAAGCAGUCUUAAAAUCCCACAGACAAGCGACUAUCCACGUGCAAAGCGUGGACUCAUUUCAAGAUCGGAACGACUCUGCAAUCUCUCAAGACUUACGUCUCGAGACGACUCCAACCACAAAACCUUCAUGCCCGUUUCCCCCUCCAGAGAAUCUCGACCACUACGGCAAAAAGCCACUCCCCCGCCUACCGCCGCCAAAACAUCAGGAACGUUACACUCAAAAACCGCUCCCUGCCCUCCCUAUCUAUCCUCAGAAACAUACACAAGAGUAUCACUGUGCACCGCUCAGAAUCAACAAACCACUCCCACGUACUCCUUCCCCGCCCCCCGCUCCCCCAAAAGAUCCAAUAUGGAAAGCCCUUCCUCCAGCACCCCCAGGCGUUACAGCUGCUCCGCGUUCCAUACUACGCGAGGGACAAACCUCGUGGACGCGCCUCCCGUCCAUUCGCCCUCACUCGCCAUUGUUUCCUCCGGAUGCACCCCUAUUCUCCAACUUGGGAACACAAAGAGAGAAAAGACUAGAAGAAACAAAAGAGAAAGAAGAAGUACGGAAGCUGGAGCCAGGAGAUCUGCACAUCUCGUACCACGCGGCCCCGCACCAUUCCAUGGCCAGCUACGUCGCCGGCCACGAUUCCAGCAAGACAAUGUCUUUCACGUACGACGGCUCGAUUAUACAGGUUCAGCGGGCAGAGAGCUUGUACGCUGAGUCUUAUGACAUAGAUGUCGAGACCUAUGAUGUGCGGCAGCCAUUGCUCUGCCGUGACGUGAAGGGUGAGGCUCAGCAUGUGACAGAAGGGCGCAAGUCCGACACACGGAAAAGGGAUCGCAUAUUGCGGUUUGUGGAGAGAGUUAUGGCGACACUGUGCUCGAGGGGAAUCGUUGAGCGGUUAAGGGGGGAGAGGAGACGGGCCGCCCUUAGAACAUAA